AUGGUAGCAGACAUACCCUCCGAUGCUAGUUCCGCCGGUUCAGUCCCUAUCAAACGUCCUCCUCAAAUCCAAAUCAGUGUUACGGAGGACAUUGAGAAGACAGCCCAACACAAUGGCCAAAUAUCGCGAGAUGGACGCAAACCGUCCCGUGUAGACUGGGAGGAAGACGAAGAUGAUGAGGACCUGGAUGCCCUUAUCGAAGAGCUUGAAUCCAAUGAUCCAGAUGCCGAGAUACAAAACGAGAUCGAGAUUGCAGGCGCCGCAAGAUGCGUUCCAGAAGAAAUGCUCCAGACCGAUACACGAGUCGGCCUCAUUGAGCCCGAGGUUGUGGCUAGGCGGAAGAAGUAUGGUCUCAACCAGAUGAAAGAAGAGAAGGAAAACCUGCUACUGAAGUUCUUGGGUUACUUUGUUGGACCUAUCCAAUUUGUCAUGGAGGCUGCCGCCAUUCUAGCCGCUGGUUUGGAAGACUGGGUCGACUUCGGCGUCAUUUGUGCCCUUCUCCUUCUGAACGCAACUGUUGGCUUUGUUCAAGAAUUCCAGGCUGGCUCAAUAGUGGAAGAAUUGAAAAAGACGCUGGCUCUCAAAGCCGUAGUUCUGAGAGAAGGCCGCCUCAUUGAGAUCGAAGCGCCAAUGGUUGUGCCUGGAGAUAUCUUGCAGCUUGAAGAAGGCACGAUUAUCCCUGCCGAUGGUCGCAUCGUAACCGAAGACGCGUAUCUACAAGUUGAUCAGUCCUCAAUUACUGGAGAGUCUCUUGCUAUGGACAAGACCCUUGGAGACAUCUGUUAUGCUUCGUCCGCCGUCAAGCGAGGAACCUGUUUCAUGAUAGUCACUGCCAUCGGUGACCAUUCUUUUGUCGGUCGAGCUGCCGCCCUCGUCAAUGCUGCAUCUGGCGCAAAGGGCCACUUCACGGAAGUCUUGAACGGGAUUGGCACGGUACUUCUCGCUCUUGUCGUGUUCACACUCCUGGUGGUUUGGAUAUCGUCAUUCUAUCGCUCAAACGAUAUCGUUACCAUACUGCGCUUUACCUUGGCCAUCACCAUUAUUGGAGUACCAGUUGGUCUCCCUGCCGUCGUCACCACCACUAUGGCUGUUGGUGCCGCUUAUCUUGCAAAGAAAAGAGCCAUUGUGCAGAAGCUGUCAGCGAUCGAGUCCCUCGCUGGUGUUCAAAUCCUCUGUUCCGACAAGACCGGUACCUUGACCAAGAACAAGCUAUCUCUUCAUGAGCCAUAUACUGUUCAGGGUGUGGAACCGGAUGAUCUCAUGCUCACAGCUUGUCUCGCAGCCUCAAGGAAAAGGAAAGGGAUGGAUGCCAUCGAUAAAGCCUUUUUGAAGGCUCUUCGGUAUUACCCUCGUGCGAAACAAGCACUUUCCAAGUACAAAGUCGUGCAAUUUUUCCCCUUCGAUCCAGUCUCCAAGAAGGUCAGUGCGGUUGUUGAGUCACCUCAAGGAGAACGCAUAAUUUGCGUCAAAGGUGCCCCAUUAUUUGUUCUUCGGACGGUCGAGGAAGAUCACCCGAUACCUGAAGAAAUCGAUAUCGACUACAAGAACAAAGUGGCAGAGUUCGCAACUAGGGGCUUCAGAUCUCUGGGUGUUGCUCGAAAAAGGGGUGAGGGUUCGUGGGAAAUUCUUGGGAUCAUGCCCUGUGCUGAUCCCCCUCGAUAUGACACAGCCAAAACAAUCAAUGAAGCAAAGUCACUUGGACUGUCCAUCAAAAUGCUCACGGGAGAUGCCGUGGGAAUUGCUCGAGAAAUGUCUCGACAACUUGGUCUGGGAACCAAUGUGUUCAAUGCCGAACGACUCGGGCUCGCUGGCGGUGGCACAAUGCCUGGAUCUGAGGUUUACGAUUUUGUGGAAGCUGCAGAUGGCUUUGCAGAGGUGUUUCCACAGCAUAAAUACAAUGUGGUCGAGAUUCUUCAGCAGCGUGGCUAUCUUGUAGCCAUGACUGGUGAUGGAGUCAAUGAUGCUCCGUCAUUGAAGAAAGCGAAUACAGGCAUUGCCGUUGAAGGGGCAUCCGAUGCAGCACGAUCAGCAGCUGAUAUCGUUUUCCUGGCUCCGGGACUCUCUGCGAUCAUCGACGCACUCAAAACAUCGCGACAAAUUUUCCAUCGCAUGUACGCCUACGUCGUAUAUCGUAUCGCACUCUCGCUUCAUCUUGAAAUCUUCCUUGGCCUUUGGAUUGCCAUUCUCAACCGAUCACUCAAUCUCAAAUUGGUUGUGUUCAUCGCCAUUUUUGCUGACAUUGCAACACUAGCUAUUGCUUACGAUAAUGCACCCUACUCGAAGCUGCCGGUCAAGUGGAAUCUUCCCAAGCUCUGGGGAAUGUCUAUCCUUCUCGGAAUCGUACUAGCAGCUGGAACCUGGAUUGCCCUGACUACAAUGAUAGUCCAAGGUGAAAAUGGUGGCAUCGUUCAAAACUUCGGUCAUACGGAUGCUGUGCUCUUCCUCCAGAUAUCAUUGUCCGAGAACUGGUUGAUUUUCAUCACGCGUGCUAACGGCCCAUUCUGGUCCAGCAUCCCGUCGUGGCAACUUACUAGUGCUAUCUUACUGGUGGACAUACUUGCAACCUUCUUCUGCCUCUUUGGUUGGUUUGUGGGUGGGCAGCAGACGAGUAUUGUUGCUGUGGUUCGAAUCUGGCUCUUCUCUUUUGGUGUUUUCUGUGUCAUGGCUGGUGUAUACUACCUCCUGCAAGACAGUGUUACCUUUGAUGACAUUGUACACGGCCGCAAAACGAGGAACAACAAAGUGCUGAAGAAAAGAGACAUGGAAGAUUUCCUCGUUUCCCUGAACCGCGUGUCCACCCAGCACGAGAAGGUUGCAUGA